AUGGGGCAAUGUUACGGGAAGGUUAAUCAGAGCAAGCAAAACGUCGGAGACGAAGCUAACACAACUACUUACGUUGUCUCCGGAGACGGGAACCAGAUUCAGCCUCUUACUCCUCUUAGAGCUAAGAACACUACUCCAGCUAGGUCUUCGAAUCCGAGCCCAUGGCCUAGUCCUUUCCCUCACGGAGGAUCAUCGAGUCCUCUUCCUUCAGGUGUCUCUCCUUCUCCGGCGAGAACUUCGACUCCGAGGAGAUUCUUCCGUCGUCCUUUUCCUCCGCCCUCUCCGGCUAAACACAUUAAGGCUUCACUGAUCAAAAGGCUUGGAGUGAAGCCUAAGGAAGGUCCGAUCCCUGAGGAGGGAGGAGGAGGAGGAGAAAGUGAGCAGUCGCUGCUUGAUAAGAGCUUUGGGUAUGGGAAGAACUUUGGGGCGAAAUAUGAAUUGGGGAAAGAAGUGGGGCGAGGGCAUUUUGGUCAUACUUGUUCUGGUCGUGGGAAGAAGGGUGACAUUAAAGAUCAUCCUGUUGCGGUCAAGAUCAUCUCCAAGGCUAAGAUGACAACAGCAAUAGCAAUUGAAGAUGUUCGGAGGGAGGUGAAGUUAUUGAAAUCAUUAUCUGGGCACAAACAUCUGAUCAGAUAUUAUGAUGCAUGUGAGGACGCCAAUAACGUAUACAUUGUCAUGGAGUUGUGUGAAGGUGGAGAACUCUUGGACAGAAUAUUAGCAAGGGGUGGCAAAUACCCAGAGGAUGACGCAAAGGCUAUCGUCGUACAAAUUCUAAACGUGGUUUCAUUUUGUCAUCUCCAAGGAGUUGUGCACCGGGACUUAAAGCCAGAGACUAAUAGUGAGUUUUGUGCAGAUGAAAGACUGAAUGAUAUAGUUGGAAGCGCAUACUAUGUGGCACCUGAAGUUCUACACAGAUCAUAUAGCCUUGAAGCUGAUAUAUGGAGCAUUGGAGUUAUUACAUAUAUACUCUUAUGUGGAAGCAGACCUUUCUGGGCACGCACAGAAUCUGGAAUCUUUCGCACUGUGCUAAGGAGUGAACCAAACUACGAUGACUUACCUUGGCCAUCUGUUUCACCGGAAGGCAAAGAGUUUGUGAAACGUCUUCUCAACAAAGACUAUAGGAAACGAAUGUCUGCAGUUCAAGCUUUGACUCAUCCAUGGUUACGAGAUGAGAGUCGUGCGAUUCCUUUAGAUAUUCUGAUCUAUAAGUUGGUCAAAGCCUAUUUGCACGCAACACCUCUUAGACGGGCUGCUUUAAAGGCUCUCGCAAAAGCAUUGACAGAGAACGAGCUAGUCUAUCUUAGAGCACAGUUCAUGCUCUUGGGACCAAAUAAAGAUGGAAGCGUCUCUCUAGAAAACUUUAAGAUGGCGCUUAUGCAGAAUGCAACAGACGCAAUGAGAGAAUCCAGAGUUCCUGAAAUUCUUAACAUGAUGGAAUCUCUAGCGUAUAGAAAGAUGUACUUCGAAGAGUUUUGUGCAGCAGCGAUAAGCAUACAUCAACUAGAAGCUGUUGAAGCUUGGGAUGAGAUUGCAGCCGCUGGUUUUGAGCAUUUUGAGACAGAGGGAAACCGAGUGAUCACAAUCGAAGAGCUAGCAAGGGAACUGAAUGUGGGUGCGUCUGCGUACGGGCACUUGAGAGAGUGGGUAAGGAGUAGUGACGGGAAGCUGAGCUUCUUAGGGUUCACUAAGUUCUUGCAUGGAGUUACUCUUCGUGCUGCUCACGCUAGACCUCGCUAG